CCUCAGCGGCGGAGAUGGCGGCGACAGCGGCAGAGGCCGCGGCCUCCGGCUCUGGAGAACCCCGGGAAGAGGCUGAAGCCCCGAGCCCCGCCUGGGAUGAAUCCCAGCUGCGCAGUUACAGCUUCCCGACCCGGCCCAUCCCGCGUCUGAGUCAGAGCGACCCCCGGGCGGAGGAGCUCAUAGAGAACGAGGAGCCUGUGGUGCUGACGGACACAAACCUUGUGUAUCCCGCCCUGAAGUGGGACCUCGAUUACCUGCAAGAGAAUAUCGGCAACGGAGACUUCUCCGUGUACAGCGCGAGCACCCACAAGUUCCUGUACUACGACGAGAAGAAGAUGGCGAACUUCCAGAACUUUAAGCCAAGGUCCAACAGGGAGGAGAUGAAGUUUCAUGAGUUCGUGGAGAAACUGCAGGGUAUACAGCAGCGCGGCGGGGAAGACAGGUUGUAUCUGCAGCAAACGCUCAAUGACACCGUGGGCAGAAAGAUUGUCAUGGACUUCUUGGGUUUUAACUGGAACUGGAUUAAUAAGCAACAGGGAAAGCGUGGCUGGGGGCAGCUGACUUCUAACCUGCUGCUCAUUGGCAUGGAAGGAAAUGUGACGCCUGCUCACUAUGAUGAGCAGCAGAACUUUUUUGCUCAGAUUAAAGGCUACAAGCGAUGUAUCUUAUUCCCUCCGGAUCAGUUUGAGUGCCUCUACCCAUACCCUGUCCAUCACCCGUGUGACAGACAGAGCCAGGUGGACUUUGACAAUCCUGACUACGAAAGGUUCCCCAAUUUUCAAAAUGUGGUUGGUUAUGAAACAGUGGUUGGCCCUGGUGAUGUUCUUUACAUCCCAAUGUACUGGUGGCAUCACAUAGAGUCAUUACUAAAUGGGGGGAUUACCAUCACUGUGAACUUCUGGUAUAAGGGUGCACCCACCCCUAAGAGGAUUGAAUAUCCUCUCAAAGCUCAUCAGAAAGUGGCCAUAAUGAGAAACAUUGAGAAGAUGCUUGGAGAGGCCUUGGGGAACCCACAAGAGGUGGGGCCCUUGUUGAACACAAUGAUCAAGGGCCGAUACAACUAGCCUGCCAGGUUCAGGCCUCCUGCCAGGUGACUGCUAUCCCGUCCACACCGCUUCAUUGAGGAGGACAGGAGACUCCAAGCACUAGUAUUGCACGCUGCACUUAACGGACUGGACUCUUGCCAUGGCCCUGGAGGAAGGUGUAUGGGGCGAGGCAGGGUGGUUGGCACUCCACUGCCAUCUGGAGGGACUUCUUAUCCUCGCCUCUCAUGCCCCAACACUUUUCCUCUCUGCCCCUUGAAGUCCUGCAUUCAGUGUGUGGAGUCCCAGCUUCUGGUUGUCAUCAUGUCUGUGUGUCAGUCUGUCAGCCUCGGGAUAUGUGUGUGUCCAUGCACACACGUGUAUGUUUCUGUUCCCUCCCUCUGGGUCAGGAUGUCACUUCUGGCUCUCAGCCCUAUCUCCUGCAACCUCAGUGCCUCAGCCUGAGAGAGAGGAGAUGCUCAUGGACCCCUCACUGCAUCUGGGCCACAAGGCCAGAGGUAGCAGAUCUGACCAUUGGGUCAGUCUGCCUCCUGUGAAGUUUUGCAUUGUCAGGUGGGAAUGGCUACUGGGACUCUAAUGAAGAGAGCGGCUUGUCUUUGAGAGCCUAGAUAGCCUUCCACUGAGCGAGGAUUAGCCAGGGUUCCAGUUGGGACCUACAAGCUCAAGCCAUACACAAGCAGCAGCCUUGGAACACAAGAACCAAGGAUUGUGCAGAAAUUCCAAGUUACAGACACACAUAGCUUUUCUCUUUCAGCACCAGCUCUUACCCCUGUGCUAGGUAUCCAGGGAGUUAUAGGAGUUAUAGCUGUGGUUCCUCUAGGUUCUAGGGGUGCAGGCCUCUGUAUCUGUGUGUGUGUGUACAUGUGCACAUGCACCCACAUGCACAUUUAUUCAUAUGCAUAUGUGUCUGCACUGGCUAGUCUCCCUGCUUACCAAGGUUCUCUGUCGCUCACCCUGCCCACUGGGACAGUGCAUUGUGAUUCCCAGAAGUACCGCCUGACUCAGCAUAAAGCUUUUUAACUCGGAUUUUAGCCAUCAUGUAUUGGUCAGGUUUCACUGCAGCCUGCCUGAGGCUUACUGGCUAGAACCUCCAGGCACAUGACCCUUCCUGCCCAGAUCACAUCCUCUACUCCUGCUGAGUUCCUGGCUGAGUAGACGAAACGGGGUCAAGCUUAGGCAGCUAACUCACUACCUUUCAUCCACCUCAGGGCAAGGGCAAAAAUGUAGCCUUGCCUCUCAAAGCCAGCGCCUCCGCCAGACCCCAUUGUCGUGUUCCACAGCACCCUCAUUAGUCAGGGCCACUGGUAGAGCAUGGGAAGAAAAUUUCCUUUUCUGUUGGUAGCUACUCAUGGGCACCCUCUCAGGGCUGCAGCGUACAGCUGGGCAGCGUCUAUUGCACAACUCGAAGGGCUGUCGUUCACAGCUCUUCAGUGGGGGUGGGGCCCCUGGAAUUGGGCAGUGUGGUAGCCCUGUGUCUACUUACUUCCACUCCCAUCUCCAUCAUCCCCUUGUCUCUGGAAGGGAAGAGGAAAUGGGAAGUCUCUGGUUUUAUUUUUUUCUUUUUUUUGCCAAAGGUUUACUUCCAGUGUCUGAAUUAUGGCUGUCAACCCUAAUGCUCAGUUUACAGUGCCCUGUUGGACUGAGCAGAUGUGUGUGUGCAUGUGUGUGCCUGUGUUUAUAUCGUGGGGAAGGCUGUUCAUUUUGAGCACCCCAUUUUAGGGUUCUCUGAUGCAGUGUGGGUGUGUAGACUUGGUAGGUACCAAAUGUAGCUCUUUCAAAUAUAGCUAGUGCUGGGAAACAGGAUUGCAGUGAUCUCCAUCCCUCCAUCUCUUAGGGGGAAGAGGAGUGCAUCAGAGAAUAAGGCAGAUGGAGGAAAAAUGUGCCCACAUCCACACUUGGAACGAGAGCAGAUUGUUACUCUUCUCAGCAGGUUGCCACGUUCCUGGCUCAGCCCCUCAAAGAAGUGGGUGAUGCACAGCAGGCAGGUGUGUGCCACUCAUCUGGUCCUUGCUGGAUGCUGUGCUGAUACAGAUCUGACCUAAGGUGGCCAAGGAAGGUGGGGGAAGGCUAAUUUUGGAACCUUCACAGGAUUGGCCCUGAUCCUUGAAUAAUUUAAUAGUGACCCCUGGGUUUUAGAUAUGUAAUAUGUGCCUAGUGCUUUGUUCCUCAAUAUAUCCUGCAAGGUGGGCAUUCUGACUUUACAAAUAAAGAGGUGGGCUCAGAGAGAUUGAGUCGUAGCCAUCAGGAUUCAAGCCCAAGACUAUUUGGCUACAAACCUCCUGCUGGUUCCUUUCCACCAGACUAUGUUGAUUGUCCUUCCUUACCUCUCUCACAUGUAUCCCAGGCCCUGUAAGGCAGGCUCAGCCGAGAGGGUAUAGAAGCUGCUAGAGAGAAAACUCUUCUGGACUCCCAGCUAAAGAUAUCUUGAGAACACUGCUUAGGAAGCGUUAUUAUGAAUUAAGAGUGUCAGAAGAAGCUAUGGGAAAAUGAUCGAUUAGUAACUUGCGUGUCUUUGAAUAGAUCCCAUAACUCCUCCCAGCAUGCUUCUGUAUCAACAGAACUGAAGUACUUGUUGUAGGUGAUUGCUGAAGAAUCUUGAUUCAUGUUCUGCAUUGCUUCCCCCAGAGAAUGAAGAGACUGAGGCUCCUUCUCUUAACUGGGUUAAGGCGCUUAGGCUCAAAUUGUGUUCAUAGCAGAGGAAAGGGUGGCUCCUAGAGUCGUAGACCCCUAGCUGGCACACACCAAGGAACGAUGGCGAUUUGGGCCAAUGUAGAGGUCAGCGAUGUUGUAAGCUCUCAUGUUCAUACCAGCAGCCACAGAGAAAACUACUGUAUUGUGAAGUCAAAUAUUUGUUGGGGGGUUGGAGUUCCAAGGAUGGAGGAGGGGCUGUUCUGGGUAUCAGUUGAGCAGAUGCCCAGGAUGCCUGGGGGAGACCAGCUUCCCCUACAAAUCAGAGCUCUAAAUUACAAGGUUUUUACCAUGUGAACAGUUGGGGGAAGUCGUCUGCUCUCAUUUGCGUAAUGGUUUCUGUCACUGGUGAUUAGACACAGGAUGAAGGAAAAGAAAUUUGACAAUUAGGAAUGAGCGAUCAUUAAUCUGAAUCUGUUAGGAGACAGAGGGGAAGGCUCCCUAUCCGUGGGCCAGCUCAGUGUGGGGAGACACUCCCUCCUCUGCCCCAUGGAGACUCCUGGGCCACUACCCUUUCAGUGUUCUUACAGAUGGGUGGAGCUUGUGUUCAUGAAAACUAGAGGUGCAGUCUCCAGCCUGAGAGGGAUACAGGUACAGACAUCUUCUCUUAGGAAUCAACAAAACAGAGGUGGGUGUCAAAUAGGAGCUACAGGACAGAGGACAAUAGAAGAGUUUUGACAUGCG